AUGGAUCAAUCUCAAACACUUAAGCUGGCAUACGAGCGUCAACUUCAAAUUGCUCGUUCUCAUAAUUACCGUUGUGCAAAUGUAACUACAGCACGAGAGCGUCAUAGACUCAUGGAACUGCCGCUGGAGGGGUUCCAGCUGCUCCCAGAUGACGUACGUUUCCCAGAGACAAUAUACGAGAUAUUCGAGUUUUCAGAGGAUCGAGCAAGGAGAUUUUUGGAGGCAUAUGGAUAUCCUGUCGAAGAGGAGAUUGAAUUGUAUAUAUUGAGGGCUCGCGUAUUUGUUUUCGUCAUAAUCGGACUUGAGCCUGAAAUGGCAGGGUGA